GGGGGCCGGCGAGGGCCGGAGCGGACUUCUCCGGGCGUACCGACGCCGGCACUGUCAGACCCACGGAGGGGCCGGCGGUCGGCCGCGGGGCUGCAGUGCCACCAGGAGACCGGGGGCUCCCGGAGGGCAGGCAGCCUGUGCCCUGCCCCAGCCUCACCUGCGUGGAAGCGAGGACCCGCCGCUGCCCACUCCCUGCACCCACUGUGCUCUCUCGCCUCCGGCCAUGGCGCCCCUGCUCGCCCUAGUCCUGGUGGCCCUGGUGGGCCUGCCUCUGGGUGAGAUGGGUGGAGGAGGGAGGGAUGAACCCACCACGCUUGUGGGCGGGCCGGCGGGCUGACAGUGGGCAGAGGCCAGAAGGCCCGCUGACCCCCGCUCCUUCCGCUCCUCUGCCCUGCGGAAGGCGAUGGGACCAGGGGGUCCGGCGGGUCUCAGGACAGGCCUCUCCCUGUCCUGUGACCCCUGCGCCCCCCUCACCCCGUCCCGGACGCCCAGCCCAGGCCCUGGACUGCCACGUGUGCACCUACAAUGGGGAGAACUGCUUCAAGCCCAUGCACUGCCCGGCCAUGGUCAGCUACUGCAUGACCACACGCACCUACUACACGCCGACCAGGAUGAAGGUGAGCAAGUCCUGUGUGACCAGCUGCUUCGAGACCGUGUACGACGGCUACUCCAAGCACGCCUCCACCACCGCCUGCUGCCAGUACGACCUCUGCAACGGGGCUGGCCUGGCCGUCCCGGGGACCCUGGCCCUGGCCCCCAUACUCCUGGCCACCUUCUGGGGCCUGCUCUGAAGCCCUGCCUGCCCUCCCUCCCCAGGACCCACUCGGGGACAAAGCUCUGAGAGGCGCGUCCCCGCCCUCUCGCCCUGCCCACCCUCUGCCCCGCGGAGACCCCCUCAGCCACAGCCAGGGCUGUCUGCAAGAGGACCCUUGACCUCUCUGAGCUACGAAGGGGCCUCUGUCCCAGGCCGAGACCUUCCCAUUUCGGAAGGCUCCCGUGGCACUGGGCCUCGCGCAGGCGGCCAGUCGUGGUGGGAGAGUGUGGUCCUCCUCUGCCCCACCCAGCAGGGAAGUGCGCUAUGUGCGGGGGUCCCAGGCAGCCAAGGAGCACCGGCUAGGCUGGCAGGGAGAUGUGCCCCGCCUCCCCGGCAGCCCUGGGGGCCACUGUGGCCUGAGGGCCAGGGGAGGGAGGCCUUGUCCCCCAGUUGUCCGGGCAGGAGUGCUGGACUUGGCGUCUCGAGUAGGCGAGGGUCUCGAGCUCUGGAGGUUCUUCCUGAGUGCCGCUCCUGCUCAGUGUGGGAGGGAUGUAGCCCGGCGUUUUACAGACGAGCGCCCCCCGCCGCAGCUGAGUAGUGCGGCCCACGCACAGAGGAAGCCCCCCCCUCACCCCGUGUCACUAACCAGAGUGGACAGGCUGUGGCUAGGGCUCCCUUAGGGCGCCCAGCUUUGGGUGUGAAGAACAUCCCCUUCGCUUGUAAGUAAAUAAAACCAUGUGGACAACCAGG